AAUCUGGCAACGUAACCUCCUCGGGCAAGUGUCGGUAUCCCUUGUCGCUGCUACUGGAGAUGCCAGAGGUGCGCUAAGGUAAACGCAGUGGUCGGGAAGUUACUAUAAAUCCAUCGCAGCAUGCAAAUCUGGCACUUAUUGGUUCUCUACACCUUACCAAGCUACCAGCAAUUAUCCUUCUCUAUUUGCUGAUUUCGCCUACCAAUGUCGAAGCAAAUUGCAGUCGUUUGGCCGGCACAUUAUGAGGACGCAAGGGUUUACCUUUGGGGUUUUGGACUAUAUGCUGCUGGUACCGCUGCGCUUGGCAUCAUCCAACCUCAAACUGUCUUGAAGAUGCUGGGGCCCGCUUUAUACGCUGCCGAGAAGUACCUUGGUGUCCCUCCCACUCAUGCUCCCAUCACCGUGGAAGAGUGGAAAGCCAACGCUUUUGCAUAUGCGUUUACCAUUGCAAUAGGUGCAAUCUAUACUAUCCUCGGAGGGCCGUUCUGGAACCGAGGUGGGAAGGUAUUCCUGGAAGCUGGGCUCUUUACUCGUAUCAUCUUCAUAUCCGUCGUGUACACGCUCUGCUUUCUCACACCGUACGGCUCGUCUCUCGGGUUUGUCAUUGCAACGAACGAUUUGAUCGCGGUGUUCCUCACAAAGAGAGCUCUCAAGGCCAGUUGGGGUGAUUUGGUACAUGGUCGCAAAGUCAAGCAGGUGGUUAUUGAUGGUUCUGCAGAAUAAUGGAUGCUGUACCAAUUGAGGCUACUGUACCUAGUGACUUGCCUGUAAUGGAUGUGGACCGAAGCGAUCGAGUG